AUGUCGCCCGUGGACCUGCCAUGGUCUGUGAGCCCACUUUGCCACACAGCUGGCUUUUGGGGAACGUCCUGGUGUUUGCUUCAGAAAACCUGCGGCCUCCUAGCAGACAUGUCCAUCUUCGCUUUGGGGCAACUGGCAAUCAUCUCAGAUCUCUUAUUGGAACGCAUGCCGGAAGAGUAUCGACCGUCUGCUGGAAGCCUGGGCGACCUGGCUCAGCUCUACUGUAGCGAGCACCGCGAGCACAAGGCAGAGAUAGAGAUCGGGUUUGCUUCGGUAGCUUGGUUGUCGGCAGUAGUCCUCUGCAUCUGGCACAUUUUCCGACACCUUCGGCAGACAUAUUGGCGUUGUCCCGAAGUCUUAUUCUUCCCUGAUAAAUCCGGCACUCAUGUCCGACAUAUCUGUUUGCUACUCAGGGCAGCUAGGCGGAAGGUGUGGGUAGCAAUGUUCGCGCUCACCGACGACGUGCUAGCUGGAGAGCUUCUUUCUGCAUUUCAGCGGGGUGUAGAUGUGAAGGUGAUAGUGGAUGAUGAGCAAUGCGGCAUGCUCGGGGCAGACGCACCGAAGCUGCUUGAAGCUGGAGUCCCAGUCCUAAUCGAUUCCUCCCCGGCUCGAAUGCAUCACAAGAUCGCCAUUCUGGACGAGUGCGUUCUCACUGGCAGCUUCAACUGGACAAAGCAAGCCAGUAUGACGAACUGGGAAAAUCUUUGCAUUCUCCGAGACCCAGCGGUGGUCGCGGCGUAUGCCAGCGAAUUCAAGGCAUUGUGGAGGGAGUUUGCUACGAGGCUCUCUCGGCGACCCGCCUGGCCGAGCCUAGUCGCCCGAAUGGAAGAAGGCUUGGAGCAGCUGGCAGAAGUGCGGAAGCAGCUCAAAGAGUCCUCUGCGAGGAUCGAGGGCCUGAGAGAUCUGCACCGCGAGUGGCAAGGGACUGUCGAAAGCUUGCUGGAGCGGGUGGGCACGGCAUUCAAGAAUCACGAGAACGCCCUGGAAUUGCAACUCAGCGAAGUACCCGAAGAGCCCAGAGAGCCCCGACGCCGGCGGUCAAUCACGGAGAGGGAGGUCGGAGGCGCAAAUAGCGACCGUGGCAACAAGGCGGUGGCCCUUCAUCCAUUGCUGAAGUCUCGGAAGUCUGUGCUGCAGCACGCGCCCGCUGGGCCCCUCCGGAAGCUGCUCAUCGAGCUGCUGCCCCACAGCGAGGCCAACACCGCAGUGAUGGUCUCACCCAUGAGCAAAGCACGGGAGCUGUGUGGCCGUCUCGUGAACUCGAGCUUCUUCGAGUUCUUCUCUGGCUUUGUGAUCCUCUUGAACCUUGUCGCCAUCGGGGUCGAGGCCGAGAUGUCCUUCCAGGACGAGGUGUCGCAGCACAGCCUUUGGUUCAGCGGCAUCGAGAGCAUCUUUUUGGGGAUCUACUGCGUGGAAGCCGGCUUGCAGCUCUUUGGGCGGGGAUGGGUGGUGUUCCAAGAUCUUUGGUUCUGGAUGGAUGUGUGCCUGAUUGCCAUCGGGCUCCUUGCCCUUUGGGUCGUUCCCGCCAUCGUCGGAGGCGAAGACACCAGCGGCUUCGAGCCCAAACUGCAAGAUGAGAAACUGUUGGUGGUCCGGGGCGUGCGGCUCCUGCGUUUGGUGCGAGUCCUCCGAAUGGUGCGCCACUUCAAAAUCAUGUGGCGUCUGGUCUAUGGACUUUUGACCGCCAGCCAAACAAUCCUCUCGACGACGGCGCUGAUCCUUGUGUCACUCUUCAUCUUCGCGUGUGUGGCGGUGGAACUAAUUGCAAAAGAUGCCGACCUUCUUGAAGACAUGUCAACCCGAGACAUUGUGGUCGGACGCUUUCUAGGUGUAGGGAGGGCAAUCCUCACACUCACGCAGUUCGUGACCUUGGACGGGCUCUCCGAUGUCUGGUUCCCUUUGAUCGUGAAAAAGCCUUGGCUUUGGACGUACUUCCUUCCCAUCCUGGAAGCUUUGCAGCAGAGACUUGGGUUUCCCGAGCGGGCCAUGCUGAAGCGGAAGGUGCGGGGAGCACUGCCGGCCUUGAUUGGGAUCUUUCAAACCAUCGACACGGACCACAGUGGCUUGAUCACACGGGAGGAGGUGUCUCACGUCCCCAUCGACAUCUUGCCACCGCGGGUGCUGGAGGCCGUCUGUGUGGACAACAUGGAAGAUAUUUUCGACCUCUUGGAUGUGGACGACUCCGGGUUUCUCACUCAGAUGGAGUUCGUGGAAGGCUUGUUGAACUUGUCACUCUUGGACAUGCCAAUGUGGACUUUACAGAACCUCCGGCUCUUGAAGUUGGUAAACAGCCGCGUGUCGAACAUUGAACAGUGCUGCGAGUGGUUAUUGCAGUCGCUACCCUACGGACCCUUCGUCGAUAGGGACGUUGUGAGCAUGUGA